GGUUCCCAGCAGGACAGUCACAUGACGCAGCAGGAGAACCUCCUGACUCCUGCUCCUCCUCUCUUCCUGCCAGCUCCUCAGUGUUUGGAUCUCCGUUAGCUGCAGGAACAUGGCGGAAACAGCCCGGGACCCUCCACCGGACCGAACCGAUUUCCAUGAGGUGGAGGACGGAGAGGACCUGUUCCUGGAACCGAGCGCCACCCAGGAGUCAGAACCAGCCAGUCUGUCUGCUGUGGACAUCAGCACCAACUCAAAUGGACCCAAACAGGACUCAUUCUUUGAUGAUGACAACGAGGAUCUGUUCGCAGAAGCAACAGAGGAGGUGUCGUUGGACAGUCCAGAGAGAGACGUCCUGCUGUCUGAUGGCCCAUCGCCCGCCAUCACCCCCAUCACACCUCCCACCUCCGUGAUCACUCCUCGCAUCGGCAACACACACGACGACAUGUUCACACACUCCUCAUUUGACGAAGUUGAAGAGGAGGAAGGUGGAGAUUCUUUCGACAUACACCUAUCAGUGUCGGAUCCUGAGAAAAUUGGUGACGGGAUGAACGCAUAUAUGGCCUACAAGGUGACGACAAAGACCUCCAUGUCUCUGUUUAAGCAGAGAGACUUCUCAGUUAAAAGGCGUUUCAGUGAUUUUCUGGGUCUGCACAGUAAACUGGCCUCCAAGUACUUGCACAUAGGCUACAUCGUUCCCCCUGCACCAGAGAAAAGCAUUGUGGGGAUGACCAAAGUGAAGGUUGGGAAGGAGGAUCAGUCGUCCAACGAGUUUGUGGAGAAGAGGAGGUCUGCACUAGAGAGGUAUCUGAUGAGAACAGUCAAGCAUCCCGUUCUGCUGAAGGAUCCUGACGUCCUGCAGUUCCUGGAGAGCUCUGAGCUGCCUCGAGCCGUCAACACCCAGGCUCUGAGUAGCGCCGGGAUCCUGCGGAUGGUCAACAAAGCCGCUGACGCCGUCAACAAGAUGACCAUCAAGAUGAACGAGUCGGACGCCUGGUUCGAGGAGAAGCAGCAACACUUUGAGAACCUGGAUGUCCAGCUGAAGAAGCUUCACGCCAGUGUGGAGUCUUUGGUCUGUCACAGGAAAGAGCUGUCUGUAAACACGGCGCAGUUCGCCAAGUCGGCAGCCAUGUUGGGGAACAGCGAGGACCACACGGCCCUGUCCCGAGCUCUGUCCCAGCUGGCCGAGGUGGAGGAGAAGAUCGACCAGCUGCACCAGGACCAGGCCAACGCCGACCUGUACCUCUUCUCUGAGUUACUGGGAGACUACGUCCGGCUGAUCAGCGCCGUCAAGGGAGUGUUCGACCAGCGGAUGAAGACGUGGCAGAAGUGGCAGGACAGCCAGAUGCUGCUGCAGAAGAAACGAGAAGCUGAAGCCAAACUGCAGUUAACCAACAAACCCGACAAACUGCAGCAGGCCAAGGACGAGAUCAAGGAGGAGAUUGAGGAGCUGGAGGGAAAGGUCCAGCAGGGUGAGAGAGACUUCGAGCAGAUCUCCAAAACCAUCCGCAAAGAAGUGAGCAGGUUCGAGAAAGAGAGAGUAAAGGAUUUUAAAAUGAUCAUUGUUAAGUACCUGGAGUCGCUGGUUCAAACACAACAGCAGCUUAUUAAAUACUGGGAAGCCUUCCUCCCCGAAGCCAAGGCCAUCUCAUAGAGCCCACUCACCAUGACAGAUGGACAAACUACACUACCCAUGAUGCACCUCUCCUCUCCCUCCUCUUGUUUGACAUGGAAGCAAAGAUGAGGAGCGAGACAGAUAAUCAAAGUGUCUUUUCGCAAAUAAAAAAGAGUUUGUGGUUUGUUUUAAUGCUGAACUGAUUGAUUUUACAUCAAAUUAUAAUUCAGGAAACAAAGACAAAUUCAUGUAAAACUUGAAAUAAAUAGGAAAUUCUGUCAGACAGUGAAUGCAGCGUGAGUUUGCAACUCAGAAGAGAGCUUUAAUCUCACAACAUGCAAAGCUUUUCAUUGAUUUAUUCCAUCAUCAGACACAAGGGGGCGUUUGACCUGGACAACUGUACAAAAGGAUCAUCUUUAAGGUGCCCAAAGAAAAAGCAAAAUGUGUCUGUAAAGAAAUACGUUUCUGGAAGUAUGGAAGCACAUUGUUGCCUAAAAAAGUAAAAACAGAAAAUAAGUGGAACUGAAAGCAGAAAAUAAACUGUAGUUUGACAUUUUUCAUAUUCUUGUGGUACAAUUUAGUUUACAAAUUUCAGAUUAUUAUAAAAUCUCAAGUUGAUGUUAAAACCACGUAAGAUUUCCUCGUGACAACCUUGGAAACACUAAAAAAUAAUGAUGUGUCUUAAAAUACAGAUAUGUUGAAAAGAAAGUUUGGCACCAGUACAAACAAUGUUGUUCAGUGUUUGUGUCACUAGAUGGCACUAUUUGUUCAACACUAGAACUUGGAAACAUCUGCAAUCCUUAAAAAGUUCAACAUUCAACUCAAUAAUAAUAAUAAUAUACAUAGUCUGUUUUUCCGCUUUUAUGGCAACAAGGAGCUUCCGUACUUAAAGCAAAAUACUACAUUACCCAUGAGCCUUGUCAGCAGAGGAAAUUGGAAGUUUGAUUCAGGAUUUUCUGGAGAUCUCCAGAGAGCUGCACAAUCCUUGAACUUCAAUGCAACAUUCCCUGCCCAGCAACCGUGUUGAAAUGUUCUCUGAUUGGUUGAUUAUGAAUUUUAACUUUUUGUUGUUUCGGUGAGCAUUGUUACUCAGGAAGACCCUCGGUAACAUCCAGAACCCACCUUCUCCUUCCACUUUUUCACUGCAUAAUUUCACCUGGUGGACAUUGAGUGUUUUUAACAUUUUUUCCACUGAAAGCCCCAAAAAUAAUCCUUCACAGAGGAAAAAGGACAGCGUCUUCUGUCAUUUGUCUCGUUAAACUUAUACUUCCUGUUUACUGUUCAAUGCCCAUUACUUCCUGUCACGCCUUUCAUAAUAAGAGCCCGCGUUUCAGUUGCUGUAUGAUCGAAAGUGAAGGCAACGUGUUUCAGACGUUCGGAUUUGGAAGAAUCUCUUCAUCUGGUUCUGUUUGCUGCAGAUUUAAUAUAAAAAUUACUAAAGCAUCUGAUGCCUUUACAAAUAAUGGCUUAAUACGUGUGCAGAAUGGCAAGUAAGCACACGGUGUAAUAAAUAAGCAUCUUUGCAUUCUGUGACUUUAUUUUCUGCAUCCCAGAAGUCAACAGAUGUGCAGGCAAAAAUUAAGAGAAGAAACAAGUCGGAUUGGGAUAAAAAGCAGUACUUUCGGUCAUGCUGGAUUUUUUUGUAUAAUCGUUGACAUUGUUUUUGCAGAAUAAACUGAACCGGUUUUAUGCUUUCCAUAUAAUCAAAUUAGAAAAUGAUGCUGUAAGCUGUUUUUUCCCCCGUUCACUGGAAGGAAUCAGGCUGUAAACACUUCAGGUGUGAAAAGAAAGUGGGAAUUCAUCAGCUGAAAGUUUGUCCGUCCCUAAAUCAGCUUCACAUCCUGAGAACGUUGAGUUUUUUAUGACCGUCUGUCUGAAAGCUGCAAUUUUACAUGUUUUGUAGCAAAUCCUGCAGAGUUUUUGUUUGAUUUUGAGUUUUGAUUCAUUUUGAAGCACAUUGCAUAAAACGUUCAGAAUCUGUUAACGACUCCUGAAAGUGUUUUCAUUUCUAAUUGGUUUUAAGCCGGAAAGAAACGUAUUUUUGAUUUUUCAUUAUUUAAUUUAAUCUUCAGCAUUUUUCCAGCUCUAAAUCUCAACACUGUGCUACUUGUUUUAAUUUUUUCUAAUCUUUUCUUUUACAUUCUUGCCAACCAUUGAUGUACAAUGGCUGGGGAAGUUUUAGUUGAUUUUGUUUUAUAUUUUCAAAGAUGAUGAAGUUUGGAAAUCUUUUAAUGUGACAUUCCUGUGGUGCAGCUGAGCUGAUGAUUGAAUACUUUAAUUACAAUAAAGAAUGUAUCUCAUCCUUAA